CCCACAGGUACAUUAGACCCUGGGACUGUCUAAUUUCUCUUAUUCUGUGGCUGCCCCAUCGUUCUGCCUCAUCCAACCCAAACGCUUCCUCCCAGACCACCAAGAUGCCCAACCUUGUGAAAGAGGACGCCAUGACGCUGCUGUGCCACUUUGCAAAGAACAAGGAAAUGAAAGCGACCAUCAAGCGUUCCUUGAAGGGCGCCUCUGUGGCGAGCACUGGGGCAAUCAUUGGUGGCUUGUUUGGUGGCCCACCGGGCGUAGCUGUGGGGGGUGUCAUCGGGGGGCUGUUGGCCUGGAGCACCAGUAAGCCCUUCAAGCCUGUCUCUGAGAUCCUCAUGGAGCUGUCACCCGCUGAGCAGCUGAAGCUGCUCAGGGAGCUCACGCCCAUCCUGAAGCACCUCGAUUGGAAGGAUGCCACAGACCUGAUCAACAAGGUCAUGAGCAAUGACAAACUCCAGCAGCAGCUGCAGGACAUGCUGGUGAAUUUCUUCAAGACGCAGCUGAAGACCGACGUGCAGUUUGGCUUCUAGCCCCGAGGGCCGCGGGUCCCCAGGAGUGGUGGGGGCUGGGUGCCCACAGCUCCCCGCAUGGCCUUAAACCCACCACGUCCACCCUUUUGCCCCUCAUGGCACACGCAGGCGAAUCACACCACAAAAUAAAUUGUGCUUUUGCCUGAUCUGAUGAACAAAA